UGGGCCUCCUCCCUGGCAGUGCAGGGGUUAGGAUGAUGCAGGCACAGAACAUGUGCUCUUUUCUCCUUCUUCUUUCUCCUUCCUUCCCCUGCUCUCCUCUCUGCCAAGCUGUCAGCUGAUGGGACUGAUCACCCAAGCGUGGCGCAUGCAGCCAGAUCAGCUUCUCGUCCUCCCCAUUCAAGCUUCUGUUACCCCACCCCUUCUCCCAGCGGGCCCCAAUGCACCCCAAAUCCGUGCCCAAUUUAGCCCUUGCACCCCUGCAGCACCAUGCAUGUGCCAGCUCUGCAGAUGCCAGCCCUCUUCCCACCGCAGCAGCUCAUGCAAUGCUUUGCAAAUAGUCCUUUGUUUACAUGCAAUGCCUUACUCUGCGGAAGAAGGGCUGGGAUUUGGCUGUGGGUUAGGAGAAGGAGGGGGGAGUGUAGGCUGGGGAGGCUCGGAGGGGGAGGGGUGCUGUUUCUGAUCUCUCACCAGCUGUUUCCCGCCUUGAAACAGACAUCAGCUGCAAACACACACUCACAUUGAGAGGCAGAACACAAGGAGAGAGACAGACACCUCCCCCCGAUCAUCUGGGACAUCCUACACACUACACCAUUGAUCCCCUGCAUGCACCAUCACCUAAUCAAUAAGGCUGAUCGGGGGAGCCCACAAAGAGCACGAGCAGAAAAAGGGGGGCGCUGCUAUUACUACUAUACUACUAAGGGGGUGGUGGGAGGGAUAGGCUUUUUUGGGGGGUGGAGGUUGGUCCUCCUGCUGAUUGCUAUGGAGUAUUUCAUGAUGCCCGCGCAGAAAGUGCCCUCCCUGCAACACUUCAGGAAGACGGAGAAAGAAGUCAUUGGUGGCCUGUGCAGCCUUGCAAACAUCCCCCUGACACCAGAGACGCAACGAGACCAGGAAAGGCGGAUACGCAGGGAAAUCGCAAAUAGCAAUGAACGUCGCCGCAUGCAGAGCAUCAAUGCUGGAUUCCAGUCUCUGAAAACUUUAAUUCCCCACACGGAUGGGGAGAAACUAAGCAAGGCAGCAAUACUGCAGCAGACCGCAGACUAUAUAUUCUCCCUGGAACAGGAGAAGACCAGGUUACUGCAGCAGAAUAACCAGCUCAAGCGCUUCAUACAGGAGUUCAAUGGCUCUUCUCCUAAGCGGCGACGGGCGGAAGACAAGGAUGAGGGCAUUGGCUCUCCGGAUAUCUGGGAAGAAGAAAAAGCAGACGACUUGAGAAGAGAAAUGAUUGAACUGAGGCAACAACUGGACAAAGAACGUUCCGUGAGGAUGAUGCUGGAGGAGCAGGUGCGGGCUCUGGAAGCUCACAUGUACCCUGAAAAGUUGAAGGCUAUAGCUCAACAAAUCCAGGAAGAGGGAGGGCAGGGACAAUCGAACGAGUCACUGGACAGGGGUGACCAACCUCUCCAAUCUCAGCUCCUGGGAUCACAUGUGCCCUUGGCGCCUACUCAUCACCCCACCGUAAUCGUCCCCGCUCCACCACCUCCAACUUCUCAUCACGUCAAUGUUGUGACUGUGGGACAUUCCUCAGUAAUCAGUUCUGUGUCCACAUCUCGGCAAAACCUGGACACCAUUGUGCAGGCCAUACAGCACAUAGAGGGCACACGAGACAAACAGUUGCAGGAAGAUGAGCAGCGAAGAGCGGUCAUUGUGAAUGUCUCGCGCCCGGGCGACGAUUCAGACACCGCGUCGGACACAGAAUGCGACGAUAGCGAGGCAGAUCAAAACAAGGAUGACGCAAUGGAGGACCCCUGACAUCUACUGCCCUUCCCACGACUGGGCGAGAGACUGGGGGAACUGGAGGGAAGGAAGCUGAGAGGGUACUUGAGGGAGCACAGUCAGGGGGUUGCUCCCUGCCAGGCUCCUUCCCCAAUCUGUAGGGUUUAUAGGGUGGUCUACUGCUGACCGCAAAAGAUACUGUACUGAGGUUGUUGAGGGAGAAAAAGGGUAAAAGCACUAAGGGGUUGUCCUGGUCUGUUAGACAAAAAGGAGGAGUGUCAUUGUGGUAGGGGUGCUUACAUUUUUUUACAGAUAUAUUUUUCCUUUAUUAUUCUGUUCCUUAAAUUUACAGCAGUCCCUGAAUUCACAGAACAUAAAUUUCCUUUUUACGCCUUUUCCCAGCUAAAGGGGUGAAGGCCUGCACUUGAGAACGAGUCCCUCGGGUCAGUAUAUAGGUAUACGAGGAAUAGUCCUGCCUCCCAGGAGACAGUAGGUAUGGGAUUACCAGUCACGCCGUACCAAUUUAUACCUUUAUAGAUACAUUUUUAUACUUCUAUAUUUUAUAGAGCUCUUCUGUAUAUAAUAGACCUAUAUUUAACACCGGUUUCUUAUAAAGAGGCUCGGUUGGGACAAUGUUCUGGAUAAAGCUUAACAAGCCCCGAUUUUUUUUAUUCUGCGAUAUCCUUGUCAACAUAGUUUCCUAUUAGAAGAAAAAAAUUAAAACUCUGUACAGCGGUGUUUCCCAACCACGGUGCCUCCAGCUGUUGCAAAACUACAACUCCUAGCAUGCCCGGACAGCCGAAGGCUGUCCGGACAUGCUGGGAGUUGUAGUUUUGCAACAGCUGGAAACUGUCGUACAGCCCAUACAUUUUUUUUUUUUGUUUGUUUCUUUCUUUUUGGAGAACUGAGAUUUCUUUAGGAUCUUGCAUUCUAAAAAUGUAUAAUAACUUUCAUAAAGUCUUAGGGACCCCCCUUAUGUUUAGAGCUGUACAUGAACAGACCAUGCAAAGUCUUAGCACUACAUUCUGGCUUCCAUAUUUUGAUUUUUAUUUGCUUUUCUGUUUGCUGCUGUGGCCUUCAAUUUCUUAUUUUAUUUUUUUUCUUCCCCCCCCCCCCCCCCCCCCAAGAUCCUUUCCAUCUGUUCUGAAUUUGUAUAUAGUUUAAAAAAAAACAAAAAACUAAAACCUGGGAUACACGGUGGGUUUAUACUGGCAGGCAGAGUCGCAAUCUUCUAUUUCCAAAUUGCUAAAAAUUUUACUUCGCUACAUCUACUGGCCAGAAGCAAUGUUGAACUUCUUCUUUUUUCCAAAACUAUAAAAAAAAAAAAAAAAAAAAAAAUAAAACAAUAUUGAAUAUUGUUAAAUUUAGGUUUUACAUUGAAAUUUCACUUAUUUUUGGAUGUUCAAUUAGUCCCCGUAUAUAACGGAAGGGUGGCAGCUUAGGCAAAAUGAAGCCUAACGUUUUGUUAUGGGGUAUCCAUCACCUACAGACAAUCCAGGUACAUUUUUGGGCUAUAGGAAGCAGUCUUUGCUGGUUGCUGUUGCUGGUUUCAGCGUCUGUAUUAUGGCUGCAGGUCUAAUGCCCAAAAAAAAAAUGGCAGCACCGAAGUGAUCAGGGCCUGGCCUGGGCAAAACGUUUAUAGGGAGAGGGUGAGAAUCGGCAUCAUAGUGGGGCCAUUUGUCGCCACCAUAAAGAACCAUCCCUGGCAACGCAGCCAUCCCCCUGCAAGUGGGAAAAGAAGUAACAGACUUUGUCGCGAGCAUUGGAAGAACUCUAUUAUAAUUAUAGCUGCUGAAAAGAUACAGACAGGUGUUUUUCAUACAGCGGCCUCUGCAGGAGGGGAGGUAGUAUCACAUGCCACUUUGAGGGUAUACAUUAUGAAAUUCUGAGUGGACAUUCUCAAAUCAGUCGGUGCUGGGACUUGCUCCAUAUCAAUUGACGGCAAUUGAUUUCCGAGCAGAUUCUGCUGAAAAAAAUUACAUAUUGGUUCAUUUCGGCAGAGUCUAGAAUAAAAAAAAAUAAUGCAGUGGUGUGGCCGAAUCCUAUUGAAAACAAUGGGAGGCUGCUGCAUCGGAAUUACCAGCCAAAUUUCUCCAUGUAAAUGUAUCCUCGCAAAUGAGUUGAGCAGUGUUUUCUCAGGUAGAGGUAAAUUCUAUUAGGUAUUAGGAUGUAGAGACAUGGGUUGUCCAAUUUGGGCAAACCCCCCCCCCCCCCCCUUUAUUUUUUUUAAUCUCCUUGUGCACCUUGCUUUAGGGUAUCUUCUCACUGAGUAAUUGACAAAGAAUAAUUUUCAGUCAGGAAAUUUUAAUAAAUCUGCCAUCUUCUGCUUGUUGCGGAAUAUAAAGAGGAAGUCGGGAGGAGGAUUAGGAAAUUCUGUGGAGGAAGUUCAGCCACUUUGGGGUUUUUACCGAGAAAAAAAUCUGCGUUAAUUCUGCCUCAAACUAACUUUGUCAGAAAAAAAAAAAUAAAGUCCCAUUGACUUCAAUAGGCUUUUACCAUUGGAUUCUGCCAGAAUGAUGAACCCAUUUAGGGUGCAUUCCCACACGGCGUAUUUGCUGCGUAUUUGCUGCUGCAUAUUUUAUUUUCUCUGUUGAUGUCAAUGGGUAGGAAAAUACGCAGCACCAAAUACGCAGCAAAAUACGCCGUGUGGGAACGUACCCUAAAUCUUCUGGCGGAACACUGUUCGGCAUCAGAAUUUUAUCUGAGGAACUGUGUGAACAGAGAGGUGGAAAGACCAUUGAAGUCAAUGGAACUUAAAGGUGUAAUUGGAGCUGAAUACUGGCGCGAAAGUACUCAAGUGAAUUCCUAGUCAGUUCCUCGGUGUGAACCUACCCUUAUGCAAGUGCAUGUUAUGGAUGGCCGUCGGCAGUAUGGCUCUCUGUUGCUUGUCCUUUGAGACAAACGGGUUGCUAGGCUUUUAAAGAGCGGUUGUCAGGUAGAGUCCCUAGCAACCAGUCAGUAUCAAAUUCAGGGGACAGACCAAGCUUGCUCUUCUGUUUUUCUAGCUGUUUUAUCGAUCUCGUAUAUAUUUUAAGCCCACAAAAUGACUACCUCAUUGCUUGUAGAUAAAGGAUACUCUCUCUCAAAGGGAUAUGCAGUUACAUAUGAGGACGGACUAACUGCUUCUUUGUAGGCCGAAGCCUUCAUUUGCAGUAGAUUGGGGGGGGAAAUGAGACGUUUUGCCAACCUUUUCAUUAUAAAGUGGGAUCAGCAACUCGGUGGGCUGACAUAGACAUUUGUAAUAAAAUGAUUGCUGGGUUAAAGGGGUACUCCGCCCUUAGUCAUCUUAUCCAAAGGAUAGGGGAUAAGAUGUCUGAUCGCUGGGACCCCCACAAUCUCUGUGCAGCACUUGGCCUUCGUGUAGAACGCUGGGAGUUGGCGGCGGGGGUCGUGACGUCACGGCCACGCUCCUCGUGACCUCACCCCCUCACUGCAAGUCUAUGAGGGGGCGUGGCUGCCGCCACGCCCCCUCUCAUAGACUUGCAGUGAGGGGGCGCGGCUGUGACAUCGCGACGCCCACUCCAAACAUUCGGGAACUAAAUGUUCCGGACGCAGGGGCAGCGGAGUACCCCUUUAAGACAUUCUUUAUAUAUCCAAACUGUGGACCUCCCAGAUGCUUGAAGUUGUAAUUUUGCAACAUCUGGAGGGUCACUGUUAGGAGACCACAGGCUUAGUGGAGACUUCCAGAUCAUAUGAGGCAUGAAGCGCCUCUGAAGAGUACAUAGACUAGGUUCUAAUACUUGUAAUGGAUUCUUCACUAUGUCAUUCCAGUAGGACUUGCUAUAAGUAACCCCUUUUGAGUUUUGGCGCCACCUUGUGCCAGUGCAUUCUUACAUUUGCACCAAUGAGAUUUGAUGGCGGUGUGGUUAGAUACGGAAGAUUCUGUACGUGGAGGUGCAGGCUCUAACUAUACACCUCCGCCGUUUACUUCUUUAUCCGGGUUUUUUUUUUGUUUUUUUUGCAUCAUAAGCACUUAAAUGUCAUUUUUUUUAUUUUAUUCUUUCUAUUUUUGCCUGCUAGGGAUAAUUCUGCCAGUAAGGAUGCUAAAUGUUAGACCGCUGGCGCCUUCCUUCUCGGUGGCGGCUGAAUGAAUUACAUGCUGUGACUUACAGUGGUGAAUGCAGUUUAUCCAGGCACUGACCCCCUAUAGUUUUUAUAGCUAUAUAUAUUAAGAGGUCCUGUUUGUUGCAUUUAAAGGGGUACUCCGCACCCCUAGACAUCUUAUCCCCUAUCCAAAGGAUAGGGGAUAAGAUGUCAGAUCGCCGGGGUCCUGCUGCUGCUGGGGACCCCCUUGAUCUACCAUGCAGCACUCGCCUUUAGCGGCUUCCGGAACCGCUGGAGGUCCUCAGGCUGAGUCCAUCUUGACCACGAGGACUGAGCAUAUUGACGUCACGGCUCCGCCCCUGUGUGAUGUCAUGCUCCGCCCCCUCAAUGCAAGUCUAUUGGAGAGGUGUGACAGCUGUCACUAUGCUCCGUCCCCGUGAUCGCCAGUAAUCAUACCCGGAGCGAACACUCUCCGGGAACUGAUUCUAACGGGGUGCGGCGUGGAAGAUAAAGGGGGUCCCCAGCGGCGGGACGCCCGCGAUCAGGCACCUUAUCCCCUAUCCUUUGGAUAGGGGAUAAGAUGUCUUAGCGCCGGAGUACCCCUUUAGCAUACGUUGCACUGUAUAGGCCAAUGAUUUCCCAACUAGGCUGCCUCCAGCUGUUUUAAAAACUACAACUCCCAGCAUUCCUGGAGAGACAAAACUGGUAUAUGCAUACAGUGGCAUAGGUCACAGAUAAGUUCCCAUGUAGCCAAAAAAUAAAUAUAUAUAAUAUAAAAUUAAUUUUGUUUUUUUUUUUGUAGAAUCUUAACUUGGUUUUUCUACCAACCAGAACACUUUCUAUGGCUUCUGCCAGGUAAAUUGGGGGACCUAUGGCCAUGUUCAAAUAAUGCGACGAGAACACAUCCUAUGGCGGCAAAACACGGGCAGAUGUUUUUGUUGUAGUCUCCUUAUACCCUCUAUUGAUUGAGGCCCAUCAAACUGAUUCCCAUGGUAUCUUUAUUCCUAUCAUUUAAAUAUUUUGGAUGUGCACACAAGGGCAUAUUCCAAUCUCUUUUUUUUGUAUUGAUGGGAAUUAAAAUUUGUAAAAAAAAAUAAAAAAAAUAAAUAAAAUAAAAAGGUAAAUUCUUUACCACUGUAAGUCACAUCAUUACUUCUCAGCACACGGAACAGGAACACGCCGCAGCUUUAAGACUCGUCCCCGCCCAUUCCCAGCACUCCUCCCCCUCUUCACCUUACGAUCGAUCUUCCUUCAUAAAUAUAUAUAUAUUUUUUUUUUUACCAUUUCAGCUCUUGUGUUUGAGAAAAAAAGCUAUUUUAUAUUUUGUUAAGAAAGUGACCUAAAAAAAAAAAACCUGCAAGGCGUUAGCCUUUGUAAAGAAACAAAAUAAAAAAUGUUUGUAC